CAUUUUUUUAAAAAUACACUUUUCUUUUUUUUUCUUUUCUUUUUUUAAACUGAUAAAGAAUUGUUCCGAACGAUCAAAGCAGUGCACCAGUGCAGAGAAUCAGGCUCCUUCGAUCAAUCAUCAAUUACAUUAGAUGUCAGUAGGUGGCAGCAUUAGUCCGCAGGGUAUCGAUGGGCACUCUUUUGUUGUUUUGUCCUGCAGGAUAGUGAAGCAGCUGAUUUGAGCAAGGCGGAGUUGUGAAACUUUGCAAAGAGAUGCUAGAAACACGACAGUCUCCUGCCUCGGUCACGCCACAUUUAGCUUGACUGAUCAAGUAAUACAGGCGCAGUUUAGGUUGUGAAGGUUGUACCUGUGAAGUCUUUUUCUACCAUGUUGGGUUGGAAAAGUCACGUGCGCUCACGGCUCCAACAGAGGGACCAAACUGAGAAACUCCCCUUUACUGGAGUCUUUACAUGCUUAUCUGAGACACAGGAGCGUUUUGAAUUUCGCAAUCAAAUUUUGGAGGAGAUUCACCCCAAAAGCCUAGAAAAAGUUGGAGUUGAAGACGGGAGACAAACAAGACUCCUUCACCUGCAUCUGAAAGAGAGUGAACACCUGGCAGAAAAGCUCUCUCAGACAGUCUCAGACCUUACUGCUGUCCUGUAUUUAAAAGAAGCUGAAAUACAAUACUGGCAAUCACGAGUAUCCCACUACCACAAAGAGGCUCUCCGUUUGGCAAAGGGCAGUAACAGCCUUAAGUCCACUCUGUCAGAGUAUGAGUUCACUGUGGAGUGUCAGUCUAAGGAGCUGGAGACACUGAAGAAGGAGCAGGAGAGACUGAAGGAGGCACUGGUCCAGGUCCAGAGAGAAAAUGACCAAUUGCUGCAACGCUGGAUGGACAGGAAAAGAGAGGAGGCCUACAGGGUCAAUGAAUACAACAACAAGCAAGAGAGGUGGCACCAGGUGCUCAGAUACAUCAAAAAACACAAGGAAAUGGACAAGCCAGCUGUUCCUGAGUUGAUGCCUUGUUUGACUGGCACUACACAAAAGUCUUCAUCCGCAAAUCAUCAUCAGUCUGCAUAAGAAAAUACUAAAAAUUUUACAUUUUACAAUUUAUAUGCAACUUUUGUUUGUGUUAAACUGUAUAAUUAAAUUAUGUAACCAAAAACAUACUUUAAUACUGUUGUUAAUGUUGCUCUGACUGAAUUUUUAUUUAGUUUCACACAAGAAAUACCAUGUUUAAAUUAAAAUUUUCUUAGCUAGGCUUCAGCUAUGACAAAAAUCUAAUUUCUGACUGAUACUUCUGCUUUUCUUAUUCAGCUGGUUCACUUUUACAAUUUGUUCAUAGCUUAAUUUUGGAUUUUUUUAAUUCAGUGUUUUAAAUUAUCUUCUGUUUUAAAUUGU